CCCCGCGCCGCCCAUAACGGCAUUGCGUUGCAUGCAUAGCGUAUCGGCCCGAACGAAACGACAUUAUCCGAGCUAUUGAUCAUCGUGUACAAGCAGUGGAAUUUUGCAACAAUCCUUGCAUUAUUUGGACAGUGUCACCGUUCAGUCCAGGCUAUCUAUUAUAUUGAAACAGACGGCGGCUAGCAGGAGGGAAUAGAGCUUUUCAGAAUUCUAUGAGUCCACAGACAGGGUGACAGAACUUCACAAAUGAGGCAAGAUGCUGGAUCUCUAUGAGAUUCUAAGGGAGCCCGCAGUGUAUGGCACGCUGGGCGUGGUGGUGGUUGCUGCACUUCUUGAUCUCUUGCGGAGGAGAAAAGAGAGAUUCCUGAUGGCUUCGCCGGUUGAUCUCAAGCACCAGUCCAUUGAGUUGCCUGGAGAAGAAAGGGUUCAUGUCUCGGCCCUUACUCCAGAUAGGAACUUCGUAACAUAUAUGCAUGAAAAUGCUAGAACAGUCUACCAGGCGUUCAUGAGGGGCAAAGCAUUGGAUGGUGCUGCAGACUCUAUGGGAUCAUGUACAGACAAAGGCUCUGUUGACUGGAUAAGCUUUAAUGAGGUAUACGAAUCAGCGAAGGAAAUUGGAUCUGGGUUAAUCCACCUUGGACUCGAGCCAAAAUCAGAGGCCUUGGUAGGGAUCUAUGCGCAGAACAGACUUGAGUGGGGACUAUUUGAGAUAGGAUGCGUUACAUAUUCUAUUGUCAACGUUCCACUCUACGACACCCUAGGACCUGAUGUCUGCUCUUACAUCAUAAACCAAGGUGAUAUUUCCAUCGUUGUAUGUGACACUGCAAAAAGAAUCUCGGCCGUUUUGGAGAAGGCAUCAUCGAGCCCUUCCUUGAAGAUCAUCAUCGGGAUGCUGCCCAAAGAAAUUACACCCGAAGUCAAACAGCAAGCCCAGGAUGCCAACGUACAGAUCAUCACAAUUCAGGAGCUGAGGGAACUUGGAAAGAAACAUAUGCAGGAUCCAUCACCUCCAGAAAAAGAUGAUCUAUUUACAGUCUGCUACACAAGUGGAACAACUGGCAAUCCUAAAGGUGCAAUGUUAACACAUGCAAACAUAAUAGCUGCAGGAGCAGGAUUGCAAAAAGCUUGCUAUCCUGCGCUAGAAUUCCGUCCAGGUCAGUGCCACAUUUCUUACCUCCCAUUAGCUCACAUGUACGAGAGACUCAAUUGCCUAAUGACAUUCAUGCACGGUGGGAAGAUAGCUUUCUACCGCGGUGAUGUGAAGGUGAUUAUUGAUGACGUCAAAAUGGCUAGACCAAGUGGAUUCUGUUCUGUACCAAGGCUUCUCAACAGAGUACAUGAUAGGGUUAUGCAAGGGGUGAAUGGAAGUAAUUGGAUCAAGAAGACGAUAUUCAAUAUGGGUUUGAAGAGCAAGAUGGCAGACCUUCAGAAGGGAAUAUGCAGAAAUACCACCAUGUGGGAUAAGUUAGCCUUCAAGAGAAUUCAGGGUGUUCUUGGUGGAAACCUUGAAGUAGUGUUCUCUGGUGCUGCACCCCUCUCACCGGAAGUCAUCUCAUUCUUAAGAUGCGUGCUUGGAGUUCCAGUAUUGGAGGGCUAUGGGCAGACAGAGUCAGCAGUCAUAAGUACAUUGACCUUGCCUGGAGACCAUGCAACUGGUCAAGUUGGGCCACCUCUUCCAUGCUGUGAGAUCAAACUGAUUGACGUGCCUGAGAUGGAAUACUACGCCAAAGAAAACAAAGGAGAAGUCUGUUUCCGUGGAGCAAAUGUUUUUAGAGGUUACCUUAACAACCCGGAGAAGACGAAAGAAGCUCUUGAUGAUGAGGGAUGGCUUCAUUCUGGUGACAUUGGCAUGUGGCUUCCUAAUGGGACCCUGAAGAUCAUAGACAGAAGGAAAAAUAUAUUCAAGCUUUCACAGGGGGAGUACUUAGCACCAGAGAAGAUUGAGACUGUGUAUUCGUCCUGUGCCCUUCUUCAGCAAAUAUGGAUCUAUGGAGAUAGUUUGCAGGCCUAUGCUGUAGCUGUUGGAGCCGUGAAUCCUGAGACUCUACCUGCUUGGGCCAGUAAGAUGGGCGUCAAAGGCUCCUUAGAAGAACUCUGCAAAAAUGAGAAAGUAAAGAAAGGCGUCUUGGAUGACCUUACGAAGAUCGGAAAGGAGGCUGGACUCAAAGCAUUUGAACAAGCCAAGUACAUCCACUUACAUCCAGGAACAUUUGAGAUUGAUAACGGCUUGAUGACCCCGACGCAGAAGCUCAAACGAGUUGCCCUUAGGAAGUUUUUCACCAAAGAACUCAAAGAGAUGUAUCCAGACACUAUGUAAUGUAACCAAUCCUUGUAAACACCAUUUGAAACUCUGGCAGACUCUAUGAGAAACCCUGAUAGACAUUGCUCCAAUAUCUUACAGACACUGUGUCAAACCCUGACAGAUGCUGUGGGACACAUGACAGGCACUGUGUCACACCUGACAGAUACUGUGUCAAACAUUGACAGACAUUGUGUCAAACACUGACCGACACUGUGUCAAACCCUGUCAGAUGCUUUGUCACACCUGACAGACUCUGUCAAACACUGGCACUGUGUCACACCUGGGGAGUGUUUCAUCAACCUUUUUGUCUGACAACAUUCAAUGAUUUUAAUUUGUUGAGAAGUACUGCUACUAUGGUAACUAUUGGAUAAAACAGGGCUUGCCAGAUAAGACAUCUGACAAGUAUUUCAUGAAACACUCCCUUGACAGAC